CCAAAGAUGAACAUUCUGUUCAGGUCGAUUUUAUUAACUCAAAAACAAUCUCCAACUCUUCCUUCGUAAAACCCUGCAACUCUGCAAGCCCAUAACAGUAACACCCCCUUGGCUGGCUCUACCUUCUCAUCCACCACCGGCACCGGCAUCCCCUCAAGGCCCAAUUCUUGCUUUUUUAAUUUUUGUUUUAUCUGGUCUAAGCCAAAAUCAGGGACAUGGCUGUGGCACCCAUACAGAAUCCAUCACCUGCUGUUCUAGAGUCUAUCGAUGAGAUUAUGAGAAUCUUCAGGUCACUACCACCUAGACCUACCUUGGAGGAGGUUGAAGCAGCCAUGUCUGUUCUCAGAACUGUAAACAGUGAAGAGCAGUUGAGGCUUUCUGAAAUAUCCAAAGAAGAGAAACCCCCAGAUGUUCCAGAUGAGCUGUUUGCUGUGUUGCAGGAAGCAAAGAAGAACACGGUUUUGCUUCAGAGCCAUGAACAGAGGAAAGAAGCUCUUUACCUUAUUGAUCUUGACAAGAUUUUUCAGACCUUCGAUGAGCUAAUUCAAAGAGCUUCUGAGUUGGUUUCUGGAGAUACCCAGAAUCAGAAAAAUGUGGAUUUGGUUGUUCCAAUUACUAAAAUUGAAAGAGAUACCAUUGCUGGUUUUACUGAGGAGAGCUUGGCCAAGAAAAAGGAGGAUGAAGGGACAGAAUUAAAAAAGGAAUCAGAUGUGGCCAAGGGUUUGGUCCGUAGCUAUUCCUCGAAGGCUGUCCAGCCUGGCCUAGCUUCAGGUGAAGAAGGCACUGAGAAAUUGAGUUUAAUGAAAGUUGCUGGCCUAAUAGAAACCUGCUCUAACAGUGGAGCUCUUGUUCUUGACUUACAAGGCAGGUUGAUGGAUAAGAUUGAGUGGCUUCCAAUAUCAAUUGGGAAGUUAUGCAAUGUGACAGAGUUAAAUUUAUCUGAGAAUCAAAUCAUGGCUCUUCCAAACUCCAUCGGCAGCCUCAAAGCCUUGACAAAACUUGAUGUCCACUCAAACCAAUUGAUAAACCUUCCUGUCUCAUUUGGAGAUCUAGUCAAUCUGACUGAUCUGGACCUGCAUGGAAACAGGUUAAAAUCUCUGCCAGCUUCGUUUGGGGACCUCACUAAUCUAGAUGAUCUUGAUUUGAGUUCAAACCAGUUUACCCUACUUCCAGAUAUAGUGGGGAACCUAACGAAAUUGAAAAUAUUGAUUGUGGAAACAAAUGAGCUUGAAGAACUCCCUUAUACAAUUGGGUCUUGCUUGUCACUUGUGGAGCUGAGAUUAGACUUUAAUCAACUUAGGGCGCUUCCUGAGGCAAUUGGGAAGCUUGAGAAUUUAGAGAUACUAACUUUGCACUAUAACAGAAUCAAAGGGUUGCCUACAACAGUGGGUAAUCUUUCCAAGCUGAAGGAACUCGAUGUCAGUUUCAAUGAACUUGAGUUGAUACCAGAGAGCUUAUGUUUUGCUACCAAUCUUGUGAAAUUGAAUGUUGGGAGGAAUUUUGUGGACCUGACAGCUCUACCAAAAUCAAUUGGCAACCUUGAGAUGCUUGAGGAGUUGGAUAUAAGUAACAACCAGAUAAGAAUCUUACCAGAGUCUUUCAGGUUCCUGUCAAAGUUGAGAGUAUUUCAUGCAGAUGAGACUCCGUUAGAAGUGUCACCAAGACAAGUUACCAAAUUGGGUGCUCAGGCAGUGGUUCAGUACAUGGCUGAUCUUGUCCUGAAGAAAAAUGUGAAAUCUCAACCAUUAAAGAAGAAAAGCUUCUGGUUUUGGUUGUGCCUGUUAUUUCUUCCUCGCGAAAAGAAACCUACCAAAAGCAUGGACACCGGGGAAGCUUGAUUGGUCCCAAAUGCAAGUUUUCUCCUACAUGCUUACCAAAGCAUUGGAUCUUGCUGUUUUCUCCCAUAUGCAAGUUUUGUACAUAAGAUGUUUUUGAAAGGUUUAUUGUUGUUAUAUCUUAGUUUUCAAGUCACUAUUUGGCCAUGUAAUUCAGCACCUCUCAGUUGUAGCUGUAGCCAUUUGUGUCUUUUAUUAUAAAUUAGAUUGGCUUGAAAGGAAUACUUGUAAAUAAGACUCUUGUUGGAGUUCAAAACAAAUUAAACUCAUCAUCAUCAUUAUUGUCA